UCCCGACAACGUUUCUCAUCUGACGAGAUUGCUUUUCGUAAGCAAACUGGAACAACUACAUUUCCCAGUGUGCACCUGUACCUGUUAUACACUGUCUUCUUCAUGGCGUCUGGUCGAAGUCUUCGGGCUGCUCCCCUUCUGACGUACAGAUAAUCUGUCACAGUUUUAACGGCGCUUGUCACUAUGGAAGUGGCCCAGUCGCCCGUUACGGACGAGCAGAGGCAUUUGACCCAGCUGAGGUUCGACGCCGCUGUCAAAGUCAUCAAGAGUUUGCCUCCGGAUGGUUCUUUUCAGCCGUCCAAUGACAUGAUGCUCAAGUUCUACAGUUACUACAAGCAAGCCACCGUGGGCAAGUGCAACAUCGCCCGGCCUGGAUUCUGGGAUGCCAUCGGCAAAGCUAAAUGGAAUGCGUGGAACUCUCUGGGUGAAAUGACCAAAGAGGAAGCGAUGGCAGCCUACGUUGACGAAAUGAAGCUGAUUUUGGAGGGCAUGCCCGUGACAGGCGAGGUCGAGGAACUCCUGCAGACCUUGGCACCUUUCUACGAAGUGGUAGACGAGAAGAAAAAGAUCACAGAAAUAUCAGACCUCAGCACAGGUUUCGGCUCGACUCUGAGCACCGUGUCGUCAAAGAGCAUGGCCAAGAGCAUCGUCAGGACCAUGGAAUUGAACGGAACACUGGAGAUUCGGCCCGCCAAGCCCACGCCUGAGAAAAAUAAAGAAACAUCCGACGACGACUCUCAGGAAGACGACGACGAGGUCAAAAAAGGUUCGUUCGCAGGCUCGCCGAGAGCGCACAAAGUAGAAACUGGCAAGAUGGCCAACGGCAUGAUGCAUCUGACAAACGGCGACCGCAUGCUCGCGCCUCCGGAUGUACCAGACGCUCAACCUCUGCUCAACGGCCACCGUGCCGACGCCAUCAAAGAUGUGACGGGCCCCGCUCAGCUCGCCAGUGACUCGGACAGUGAAGUCUAUUGUGACUCGGUGGACCAGUUUGGACAGGAUGAGAGCACUGAGCAGAAUUGCUCUCUGAAAGACCUGGAGGAGGAGGAGGAGACUGUGGACAGCAACGACCCACAGGGGGCGCCGCAGGGCAUCAGGUGCGGCGGCGAGGACGGAGAGGCCGGCGGGAGCAUGACGCAGAGGUCCAGACUCAACGUGGAAAUGGCAAACUCUGUCAUCGGAGGCGGCAGAGGGUCCAGGUCUCAAAGCCACGGGCUCAGGGCGCUGAAGCCCACCCACGAAAGCGGCGGGGACGACAACGGCGGCGGUGGCGGCAGCGAGCGUCGUGGCCACACCACUGUGGCCAGCCUCAAUGAGCAGAUCGUGGCGGCGCUGGCCCAAUUGCAGGAGGAUAUGCGAAGCGUCCUGGAGAGGCUCCACACGCUGGAGGCCCUCAGCGCCACGCAGGCCCGGUCAGCAGUCCUGUCUCCUUGUCACCCAUCCACAACAGUCAAUAAGAACAGCCGGAGACCAGCGUGGUGGCCUCUUGACAUUUCUCCCAGCAGUCUGGCCUUUGCCGUCGCGUGGCCCUUCGUGGUGCACUGGCUCAUCGGCCUCUACGUGCAGAGGAGGAGAAGACGACUGAACUGAAAGAAAUGAGGAAACGGCCACCAAGAAAAAUCCUCGCCGGUUAGCAGGUUGGCUAAAGCGCUUUCUACGUUUGCUUUUGCACUAAAGAAGGAGAAAAGAGUCUUGUGAGUAAACGUGCAUACUAAAGAAUGUGAUGAUGAUGUUGUUAAGGCGGUUUCCAUAGCAACUAGGGCUUACUUUGCACAAAGCGGGCCAGAUUCUGUUAUGAGCUUGAUGUGAUUUUUAAUCUUUCACUUUAGUCGCCCGGAGCAAUGCUGCUAAAACAAAAGAUGUAACCAUUUGGUAGUUUAGAAGAAAGAUUGAGAAUUACUGUACUGUGUGACAUUCUUUGUAAUUCUGCGUUGAUAGGUUUGCAAAAAAAAACAUUUUUGGUAAAUUCCCAUGGUAAUUUAAGAUGGAGAAUUUGGGAAAUAUUCCAAAUAGGAAACAUUUAUCAAAUGAAUGAAAUCAAAUAAAUUUGACUCAUAAAUCACUCAAAACCUCCCUUUCUGAAAAUACCACAAAGGUCCCUUUUGAAGUGUCCCUAAAAAUUCCCAUAGGAAGUUUCCAACUUUGAAAAUGUUGCAACCUUACGUGUUAAGUUGAUAUUUAUUGCGUUUAGCAGCUAAACAACCGUGCGGCAUUUCGGUUCAUCCUGGUGGUCUCCACGUAGAAAGUGCCUCUACAUUUUUAGGUGCACACCUUGUAGCAAAUGGACCAAAUGAAUAUACGAAUAACAUGAACUCAACCCAGUAAAAUCUAAUUUGCUUGUACUCUGAACACAAACUGACUUUUUGUGACAGCCAUUCAAUUUACCCGUUCAAAUAUAAUAUUUUGUGUGUUAUGUAUUAAGGAGUAUAUUAGCCGGAUUUGCAGAAGCGCUAAUCCUUUAAAGAGCCAUUUAUGUUUUAAUAACAGAAUAAAUCAAGUGAUAGUUUCUACUGGAAUGUGUAUGCAUGUCAUAAUCCAAGCCUCAAAUAAAAGUUUCAUAAUGCAAAAGUGA